AGCAGCGCAGGCCUCCAGAUAUACUUCAGAACAGAGUGCCGGACUUCUGGACUAUGAGGAUGGUUUUUCCAGUGCAAGAAGUAAAAGAAUGAGAGGAGGGUCCCGGAGCUCGUUUUCAACAGGAAGCAAGGUGUCCAAAGGAUGUAUCACAUCUGCUACUUCUCUGAGAGUUCAACCAGCCUUCUCCCUGGGAGCACAGUCAGCCGGCUCCCUGGAUAGAACAGGAAGCAACAGGUCCCUGGCAGAGCCGAUGCCUCACCAUGGCGGACACAUCACUAGAACCAUUGGACCUAUAAUGCAGUUCUCUGCGCCCAUCCCUGGAUCUACGGGACCUAUCAAGAUGUCUCAAAGGACCUUCAUGCACGCUCCUGGCGGUACUGAGCAAAUUGCAGCAGGCGAUGCCAGAAGAAUUUUCUCAAGCGCCAGAGAAGGACGGCAGAAGCUCGCUGAGGGCUGAGGAGAGCCUUGCAGACC